AUGCUGGUCACGCUUCGGGCCCGCGAGCAUUUCUUGCUUGGCUGCACGGAGUAUCAGCAUGAGCUGGUGAACCUGAUUUGCGUCGUGUUGCAGGUUCUUGGCGCCGUUUUUUUUCUAAAGAACCAACAUGAGCAGGAGGAUCAGUACACGGCUUCUUUGCCCUCCGAAACUACGACGAGGAACGAAAUGAAACAACAAGAGCCAACGCACUUCAUUUUCCACUCGGGGUCUGUUUUACCCUUUGCCGCCGGAGGCUCUUCAGAACAGCACGAUGCUGCCUUCGCUCGCCGCCUUGAAAGCGCCACUACGAGGACAUCAGUAAACUCGGGGUUACAACAACAUCACGAAGUCAUCGCGAAGAUUACGACCGCUCCGUCACUGUCGCACCAGUUUGAUCUGCUGCAAUUAGACUUCACGAACUUUGGAGAGGUUCUCCUUGCGUUCGGAAUCUUCGUGCUGGGCUGCAAUGUGCUGAUUUUCGGGUUUUCCGAAGCCCUUCGCGCGCACUUGGCGCUUCGCGGCAACCCCACCCUGAUUCAGGAGUCCGGGGGCCGGGGGCAGCGGGAGUUGCCGGAGUCUGCCCUGCACGUCGUGGGGGUGCUCCUCUUCCUAUGCGGGGUGACCGCGCACUUCUGGGUGAAUAAAACAGAGCCGUCAGCAGGAGUAGAACUGGCGCUUCUCUCGCCUACGACGUGCUCUCUGCUGCUCGCCGGAUGCUCGGCCCUGCUUGCCAGCGCAUUCAUGAACGCGUUGUCCGUUGCCUGGGUGGGUGCGGCCGGCCGACUCGGCCUGGACGACCAGCUUGCCGUGCUGAUUCUGGCGCUGAAGGCCCUCAGCUUCCACUGCUUCGCCGUGUAUCUAGCUGCCUUGUCCUCGACGCCGACAUCGACAUCAACUACUACGCCUGCCACGUACCCGAUCGUGCUGUUUACCGGCAUGCUGUGCCUGGCAGCGGCAAAGGGGUUCCUGCUGUUUUUGACCACUCUGAAGCACCGAGAGCUGAGGAUUCGCCGCACCGUGCGGGACUCGCUUCUAGCAGCCGGUACUCCGGUCACGCCGGCGAUGACCCCGACCGACCUUACGCCCGGAAACACGCCGUUGCCGCAAAGGGCUUAAUCAGGGGCUUGUGCGGAUGAAACGACGCCGAUAAGCUGGUUCAUAAUAACUAGCCAAGUAGCUGCUGUUCGUGGAAGAUGAAAAUGCUACAAAUGAAUGUGCGGCACGUAGUCUGGUGUUUUCACAACACGGACUCGGACGUUGCUUUACAUCGGCGGAAAAUAAAUGCACAUGAUAAAUCAUAAUCAAGUUUGUUACAGGCGGCAGUGAAUUGAGGCGUUUCAUCGACCUGUGCUGAUGUGACUUUUAUCUUCCGGCUUGUCAGCGGCGUCGUCUGCAAAUAUGCCACGAAAGUUCAAAGUGAUACGGAUGGAUAAGAACGUAGUAUGUUCUCAACCUCCACUGGAAAAUGACUUCAUUACAGCUUCAAAAUGAUGGAUUGUCUGCCUAGUGACGCAGUUGCAGCUGCGCUUUUAUUGCGGAAAUGCAAACAAUUUCGGUUAAAGUCUAUGUCGUGC